UUUUUUCCAACUUUGCUGGAAGUUUUUUUGAAUUUUUGGAGGGGAAAAUUUAAAUUGUUGUGGGUAGAACGGAAGUUCCUCCUUUAGACUUCCUGCUUCGGUCGGGCUGUAUACAAGAGUCUUCAGUAGGUACUUUUUUGCGUUACCAUGGCACCUAAAAGGGGUAAGGUACAGAAAGAAGAGGUCCAGGUAUCCUUGGGACCCCAAGUUCGUGAGGGAGAAAUCGUCUUCGGAGUUGCUCACAUUUUUGCCAGCUUCAACGAUACCUUCGUCCAUGUGACGGACUUGUCAGGAAGGGAAACCAUCGCUCGUGUCACCGGUGGGAUGAAAGUGAAGGCUGAUCGUGACGAGGCCUCACCCUAUGCUGCCAUGUUAGCUGCUCAGGAUGUUGCUGAGAAAUGCAAAUCCCUCGGUAUCACAGCGCUCCACAUCAAGCUGCGAGCAACUGGUGGCAACAAAACAAAAACUCCAGGACCCGGUGCUCAGUCAGCCUUACGUGCUCUGGCUCGUUCGAGUAUGAAAAUCGGCCGCAUUGAGGAUGUAACCCCCAUUCCAUCAGACUCAACGCGCAGGAAGGGCGGUCGUCGUGGACGCAGGCUGUAAACUCCAUUCAUAUGUAUGGUUUAUCAUACCUUACAAAUAAAUAUUUGAAAAGUCUUCAACA